AAUCAUCAUCAUCAUCAUCAACAUUAUCAUCAUCCCUGACGACGCAGGCACAAUAGCUCACGCUAAAUACCCCAAGUACCUCAAUAAUGGCUCCGUCUCUGUAGGCGCAACUCUGCGCUCUAUGGUUGAAUUAAUCGCUAGACCCUGCCUGCAUCCCAUGGGCGCACAACCGUUUCUGUUUGUGUUUCUAUUGUGCUACUAUGCAAGCCUUUAUACUUCAGCGUGGGGAAAUUUAGGCCCACUAUUUGACGACAAACCACAUGUGCGCACCCGGUUGCGCCCGGAGUUGAACUGGGAUUGGGGCCAUCAUUAUACACGGGUCUCAGUUGACAACCAGCGAGUGUCGAGUGUCCUUUCCCACGUAUUGAACUACAAUUUUACUCUCCCAAGGAUUCAGCUGGAGCGUGGCUUGACAUACCUCGGGUCAGCAUGCAGACUCCGGCGCGUCGUGCGGGAUCUGCUAAUGGGCCGGGACGUCAAAAUUGGGGUGGUCGGCGGAAGCGUGUCAUGGGGCCAGAGCGCCACACGUCGAGGCGUGACGGAUUGGUUCAGCACGCUUUCAUCGUACAUGGUCAACGCCUUUCCAACCGCCAACAUAACGGCACGUAACGGCUGCACCCCUGGCGUACCCUCGUCCUACAUGAUCAUGUGUUUGGAGCUGUCGGUGGACCCGGACGUGGAUCUGGUAUUCCUGGAAUACACGCUCAAUGACGGUCACGAUGAUAAACUGUACGACAACUCAAUCGUACGGAACAUAGAGCGACUCAUCCGCCGCGUCAUGGCACUGCCGAAGCGACCGGCGGUUGUCAUCCUGCACCACAUGUCACACUACCAGGCACACUAUCCCGAGGGCCACCCCAAGAGCACGGGAAGCUUCCGGCCGUUCUACGAGACCUCGGAGGACGCACAAGGGGCCCUGGCGCACUACUACGACGUGCAGUCGCUGUCGCAGCGAACCGCGUUCUACCGACUGGCGCAACACAAGGAGGUGCCGGGCUUUGCAUGGGAGGAGAUCUUUGCAGAUUUCCACCCGGGAGAUCACGGUCACAAGAUGAUGGCAGAUCUUGCCGUACAUCUCGUACAGCAGGUGGCAGUGGGCCUCGUGAUGCAUGCGUACGGUCCGGCUGACGAGGAGGUGGUGGGGGAGCCGCUGCCGCGACCCAUGUAUAAAGGCAACCUCCCUCCGGACACCUCCAUGUGCAUCAUGAACGAGCGAUUCAAGUUAACAGUGGUGGAGUCGCGGGGCUGGGAGUACGUGAACGAGGGCACCCCGGAGAAGCCCAAACCCGGCUACGUGGCCAGCCUGCCGGGCAGUGUGCUGCGGGUGCAGAUUGACACGGACCGCUCCGCGCUCGGCAGCACAGCGGCAGCGGAGGAGCCUGUGCACGUGUUCUUCCACCACCUACGCUCCUACGAGAAGAUGGGCCAGGCGCGAUUCAGCUGUGUGUCCGGCUGCUCCUGCAACGCCACCCACGUGGACGCCCUCAUACGGGAGCGGGUCAGCCAGCUCUACCUGGCGGGCAUGCAGGUGACCCAGGCCAAGGCGUGCGUCAUCGAGAUCACCGUUCUGGACCAAACCAGCGACCCCCAAGGCCGACAUAAGUUCAAGGUGGCUGGAGUGGUGGUUUCAGAGCGGCCCGGCAAACCCACAGGCAUCACACCUCUGGGGGGUCACAACCAGGCGUUCGGGCUGCAACAGCACACGGGGGAUGCGGAGCAGGUGGUGAUCAGCAAGGCCGGCCGGAAGGGCGUCACGGAGCGCCGCAGGCUCCAACAGCACCCUCAGGGUCAAACCCAGAAAAGGAGACAGAGACGGCGGCUGCGGCGGACAUGACCCGUGGGUCACUGUUAACUAGGCAAAUGUUUUCUCUGCAGCCCGCACAUGGAGGGCAAGACGCAUAAACGGAAUUCAUUUUGGGCGCGGUGGCUUGCAGUCAUUUCGAUAAUAAGGGCGCCGCGGUCUGCACUCAUUCUAGGAAAGGGUUCAAGUACGAAGCUCAAGUUGAAGACCAAGGAGGUUGGGGUUAGGAGCCACCGGGGCGGUGGCUUUGAUGCAUGGCGGUGGCUUGCAGGGAUGUGCAGCAGGUCUGCCGGUCGUGCCCGCUAUCGCUACAUACCCUGUACCCUGUUUCCCUCGGAUCUCCCCGGCGUCAGCAAAGGUUGGCGUGGUUGGCUGCUGGGCUGAAAGUUGUACGGCCGUCCGUUUGUCACUCGUAUCCAACCAACGGGCUGCUUAGUGUUCAUAACUACAUAUGCUGUGCGAGACUGAAUGUAAUGAUGGGCGCAGGGUGGUGAAUGGAUUCACGAGGAAGGCCGCCUUGCAAGGCCCAUGCCGUGCCGUGAAAUGGACAUGGCUAGGCGGGUAGGCCUUGUGAUAAUAGAUGGCCGUUACAACCGUGUUGCUCAGGUGUUUGAGGAGAUGAGGGACAUGAUGACGUGGCGACGCAUUCAUUAGCAUACGACACCAAUUCUAUUUCCAGACCGUCUCCUAAGCACAAUGGUGC